AAAUGACACCAUGCAGCAGAGCUACAGAAUGAUUCACCAGAUAGAAGGACUGUCCCUUCAGGCUCCACUCAGACCCCUCAGUGUUUUGGUUUUCCAUCUUCUGCUAACACACUCCUGUAGAGUUCAGUCUCUGUUAAUUGGUCCCCUUCAGUCAGUAGUGGCAGCAGUUGGUGAAAAUGUCAUUUUACCAUGUCACCUGGAACCUGCAGAGGAUGUUACUGCCAGGACGUUGGAGUGGACGAGAUCUGACCUUGACCCGAAAUUAGUCCAUGUGUGGCGUGAUGGUCACGACGUUAUAAAGGCAAGAAAUCCUUUUUACAAUGGAAGAACAUCUUUGUUUACUGAUGAACUGAAGCGAGGAAACAUUUCUCUCAAACUCUCCCAAGUACAACCCUCCGACCAGGGAACAUAUAAAUGUGACAUUCCACUACUGAAUAAACACUCUUCUGUUAAGCUUGUUGUUGUGUCAGGUGUUGUUCUCUCCUCACCGGUCAUCAGUUUAGCAGGGAUUGAUGAAGCCACCAGAGGAGUGGUUCUGCAGUGUGCUUCUGAAGGCUGCUAUCCAGAGCCUGAGAUGUUGUGGCUGGACGGUGAGGGAAACCUCCUCUCUGCUGGACCUCCAGAGACAGUCAGAGGUCCUGAUGAUCUCUAUACUGUCAGCAGCAGAGUGACUGUGGAGAAGAGACACAGCAACAGAUUAACCUGCAGAGUCCAGCAGAAGAACAUCAACCAGACCAGAGAGACAGAAAUUUAUGUUCCAGAGGAUUUCUUCAUGUCUCCAUCUAGCUGUAGUGCAUCUGUUGCCGUGAGCGUGUUGUUUGGCCUCAUGUUUGUUCUCACAGUUGUCCUUUUUGUCUGGAAAUGGAGACAGAACAAAAUCGAGAUCAAGAAGCAACUCAAGAAUGAAAACAAAGAGGAAGAGAAGACCACAGGUUUUAAUAACGCCACAGAGCAGCAGGCUUUAAUGAAAGAAAAAGUGAGCAGAGAGCAGCUCAUGGAAGAAAACAAGAAAAUAAAAGAGGGGUUACAGAAGAAAGAGAAAGACAUGACACAGGUUAUUGAUACAUUGACUGAACUGUUACAGGAACUGCAGAAGCAGAAAAAACAACUCUAUGACCAACAGAAGAAGGCAGAGAAACAGGUGAAGGAGAAUGAAGAGAAGGUUAAUUCAGUGGAGAAAGAAAUAUCAGAGAAGGAGGGAGAUAAAACAGCUAACAAAGCUCAGGGAUACUUAAAACUCAAAGAGAUCAUAACAGAGAACAGCUGGAACCUGGAGGAGAGAAAGACAGCACUUCAACAUCUGGAAAUGAACACAGAGAGACUAAUGAAGAGGACAUUUGACAUUAAGAGAAUUACAGAGAACCUAGAGGAAGAACAACAUACAAAACCACAUGGAGUAAAUAAAUAAACAACUGGACAAGACAGAGGAAAUUCAGAGGAACCUUGACACAGAGAGAAGAGGGAGUGGUUUACUCAGUUUUAAAUAUUAAAUAGGAUAUAAACCGAUACUUUUACAUAAAUCAUGUAUCAUCACAUGACAAUAAGAAAGGUGUCACAUGGUGAUAAAGCUACAGAAAAUUAAAACAAACAGGCAGCCAUUUGAAAAACAGCUUUAGAUGAUUUAAAUGUUGGAUGGCAUAGUUAGUAACCGUACUUUAUUUCUCAAGAUAAGGAACAUAUUGUGCAGUUAGUAUUUGACAUACUGUAUCUGUGGAUGUUUUUUUAUUGUUUCGAUUUUUUUACUGACUAUGUUUUUUGUUUUUUAAUACAUGCUUGUCUGUCUGUUUUUAUUGGUCAAAUUGUUCUCAACAGUUUAGUCCAACAGUCUGCUGUAGAUAUAUAAAUACACUUUGCUGUUUCAUCGUCUGCUCAAAAUCAUGUCACAAUUUAACCAUGACAAAUAUGUUUAAUAUUAAAUAGACCAACAAAUAUAUUGCAGCACUAUGCCAAAUUAAUUCAACUUCAUUAUUGCUCUAGCUGACAUAUAACCAAACAUCAACAUUCAUAACAUUCAGUUCAGACAAAACACAACAAUGUUAUAUGUGAAGUAUACUGUAUAUUUUGAUGCUCUCAAUUUGAUGCGUAUUUUAAAAUAGAUUUAACAUGUUCACAUGGGACCAAUGUGAAGUUUUUCCUUUAUUUUUUUUUAAAGUGUUAAGUUAAAAAACAGGAAAAGAAAUGCUAAAAUGCUGCAUACUGUAUGUUCUGCUCUUGUACUGUUGUUUUCCAACAUUCACAUUGUACUCCAAGUAAAACUACUCUCGUAAACA